CUAAAAACGUGAUAAACACGCUCGUUUUGUUUUUAAAGUUGAAUCCACUUGUCUGCUCGCAAAAUAUGGCUCUUUUGACUGAGAAGCGUGUUAAAAAGACACCUGCUCCUGCGAGCGACAGCUCUCCGGGGGAAUCCGAGUCUGAGGGCAGCCAGAAUUCGGCCGGCGAGGCGGAGGGCAACGCCGGCUGGGCGGAUUCCAUUCAGAAGGUCCUGAAGACCACCAAGCCGAAGACCCAGAAAAAAACCGUGCUAGCUCGAGCCAAAAAAAGCCAGGCGGCUGUGCGAUUCCAGAAAGCCGGCACCAACAAAAAGCCAGGAUUCGAUUUCGAGAUCGAGAAAGCUGAUGUCAAUGAAGAGGACGAAGACGACAACGACGACGACGAUGAAGACGAGAAGCCGCAAGCCUCUGCUUUGGAUGCCACGCUAACCAAACAGCAGCGCAAAAAUGUGCCCCUCCAGCUGCGUGUGAAGCCCAGUUUCCAGGACAUGGAGCGUGAACGAACGCUCCGCAAGGUGGCCACUCGUGGAGUGGUGCAGUUCUUCAAUGCCGUGCGCAUCCAGCAGAAGGAUCUGCAGCAGCAGCUGGAGGAAGCGGGUCCGCUGGACAGUCGACAGGAUGCAGUGCUAAACAACAUCAACAAGCGAAAGUUCCUGGACGUCCUAAUGAGCGGGAAGCGCUCCAAAUCCACACCCGUAGAUAAUGCUGUAAAGAAAGAGGAACAGGAAACGGAUGACGACGACGAUGACGAGAGCUCCAGCGGCAAAAAGAAGUCCGAAUGGAGUGUGCUGCGCGAGGACUUUAUGACCAACAAGAAGAUCAAGCACUGGGACGAAGAAGACGACGACGAGGAGGGUCACAAUGAUGAAGCUGAUGACAGCGACUACGAUGAUGGGGAGGAAUAGCUUUAAUUACCAAAUAAAUGUUAGCUUUUCAAUUAA